UAAACUUCAAUCCUCCAUUCUUUUUAAACUCAUUUGUUAUUAAUUAUCUUUACUUUUUUUUCUGAAAAGCUUGAUCUGUUCCUUGUAACUUCAGAAGAAAAAAUGGUUUCCAUGUCUAAGAUUGCUACUGGAAAUGGCCAUGGUGAGAACUCACCGUAUUUUGAAGGAUGGAAGGCAUAUGAGACCAAUCCAUUUCACCCUAUCGACAGGCCUGAUGGUGUCAUCCAAAUGGGUCUAGCUGAGAAUCAGCUAUGCUUUGAGUUCAUCAAAAAGUGGCUAAUGGAACACCCAGAGGCCUCCGUUUGCACGUCGGAAGGUGUCGGUAGGUUCAAAGAGACGGCACUUUUCCAGGAUUAUCAUGGGAUGCCCGAGUUCAGACAGGCUGUUGCAAAGUUCAUGGGGAAAGUGAGGGGAGAUAGAGUGAAAUUUGACCCAGAACGCAUUGUUAUGAGUGGUGGAGCAACCGGCGCUCAUGAAACGGUCGCCUUCUGCUUGGCGGAUCCUGGUGAAGCUUUACUGCUUCCCACUCCUUACUAUCCAGGAUUCGAUCGUGAUUUGAGGUGGAGAACAGGGGUAGAGCUUGUUCCAGUGAUCUGUGAAAGUUGCAAUAAUUUCCAGAUCACUAGAAACGCCUUGGAAGCUGCAUAUGAAAAGGCUGGAGAAGAUGGCCUCAGAGUCAAGGGAUUGCUCAUAACAAAUCCAUCCAACCCUUUGGGAACCAUCAUGGAUCGAGACACGUUGAAGAGCAUCGUGAGGUUUGUAAACGAAAAGAACAUCCACCUCAUCGGCGAUGAGAUUUACGCUGCCACGGUUUUCAAGAGCCCCGAGUUCGUUAGCAUUUCAGAGGUCAUAGAGGAGGUCGAGUGCGACCGCGACCUCAUCCACAUCGUUUACAGCCUCUCCAAAGACAUGGGGUUCCCUGGUUUCAGAGUCGGCAUCAUUUACUCGUACAACGACGCGGUCAUGAAUUGCGCUCGGAAAAUGUCUAGCUACGGCUUGGUGUCCUCGCAGACGCAGCAUUUGAUCGCGACGAUGUUGAACGACCAUGAUUUCGUCGACGAUUUCAUCGUGGAGAGCAGAGAGCAGUUGUUCAAAAGGCACGAGUAUUUCACAUGGAGUCUUUCCCAAGUCGGAAUCGGUUCGUUGAAGGGCAAUGGUGGGUUGUUUAUAUGGAUGGAUCUUCGAAAGCUACUCAAAGACAACACUUUUGAAGGUGAAAUGGAUUUGUGGAGGGUGAUCAUCAAUGAAGUUAAGCUCAAUGUCUCGCCAGGCUCUUCUUUCCAUUGCCAUGAGCCUGGUUGGUUCAGGGUUUGCUUUGCUAACAUGGACGACAACACCAUGGAAGUCGCUUUAUCCAGGAUCCGAGCCUUUAUCCUCAAGAACAACGAGUCCAUCGUUCCGCGCAAGCUCUGCAGGCGCAGCAGCCUUAAACUCAGCUUAUCUCGGAGCUUAUCUCGAAGAAUCGAUGAUUUCAUGUCACCUACGGGCAUUAUGUCUCCACACUCUCCUUUACCACAAUCACCCCUCGUUCGAGCUAGGACUUAAAUGUCGAAGAUUCGAAAAUCGAAUUUUCGACAUUAUCGGGGUAGCUAAUUGUUUAUUUUUUCUUUCAUGAAUUUGUAAAAUAGAUAAUCUGAUGCAUUCUUUACCAUGGAGGUAACCCGUACACAAGCAUCGUUUUGGUGGAGGCUCUCCAUCGCAUGGGGACCUCCAUGGAUUCAUGCAUCAGAUUUGUUCAACAACUGUUUUCUUUUGUUUUUUUGUCUUGCCUCGCAUUAAGUGCAAUGUGAGGGAAGUUUGAUGUUGGUGCAUAAGUAAACUGUUGUUGUGUUUAUUAAGACAUUGUAACAUCAAAAAAAUGAUGUCUUAGUUCUGAA